CCGGACGCCCGGACGCCUGGACGCUCCGCUCGACGAAAUUGAAUUUGCUGGCCGCAGCUGAAUUUCGGCAGGCGACAUUCCAGGCCUCGCUUAUAAAUUCGCAAUUCGAUGCCAGUCUCGCGGGGAUCGGACUCCGUGAACAUCAUCGAGAGCGCAAGCGCGAGUCGAGAGUCGCGAGCGAGAGCAUCGGCAUCGUCGAGCUCGAAAAAGCUGAGCAGGCGCUGUGGUGCGUGACGAUGGAAUUGCUGUGCGGACCCACGCCGGUCUGAGAUGCGGUUCUGAUGUGCGACCAGGACUCGGCCAGCGGAUUCGGAUUUUGAAACCAUCGAGGCACGACGUCAGCGGCGAGCAGGCUUCGGGAAUUGGAACAGGAUCUCCGAGGAUCAGAAUUGCCGAUUCUUUGGCUCCGAUCUUGUAUUGUCUGCUCUUCUUUUCCGUGAAAGAUCGAGGAAUUGUACUCCUGACCCUCGUGCCAAUUCCCUUGCUGUUCCGGGGAUCUGCCCGCGAAGGUUGUUUUUCUCACGCAGCGCAGCUGCUGCUGCUGCCGCUGCUGUAGCGAGAAGAUGGAGACCACGUCCACGGACAGUCCUGACGGGAACGGGGCUCUUCCUGAAGCUUGCGAAGAAUCAGCGGUCCAGGAAUCACGCGUGCAACUCAUCAAUGUGUGGUCGGGCCCUCGGUCUCUCAGUACGAGCCUCAUGUAUUCUUUCGCCCAGAGGGAUGAUACGGAAGUUCUUGAUGAGCCUUUGUACGCUCACCAUGUGUAUCUUACGGGAGCAGAACGACCUUAUCGCGAACAGCUUUUGGCUACUAUGCCUCUUUUCUUUUCAGGAAACAGACGGAAACAAAGUCGUUCGGAAUUUGAUUGAAAGACCAUCAACAAAAACAUACAGAUUCUGUAAGCAUAUGGCAAAACAUCGGACGCCCGGCUUGUCCAAUGACUUAAUGACGACGGGAAAGCAUGUUCUUCUUAUAAGGGACCCUGUUUCAUCUCUUCCUUCCUUUGAUAAGGUGCUUCCUGUUACUCUGGACGAGUUAGAAUUGGCAAACCUGGUUGGCAUGUACAGUGAGCUUUCAGCUCGGGGAAAUCCUCCACCUAUAGUGAAUGCUCGAGACCUCCAGCAAAAUCCAGAGGGUAUCUUGAGGGCUUUAUGCGAAGCUCUCAAAAUUCCAUUCCAGGCGUCAAUGCUUCGAUGGCCAGCUGGUCCAAAGCCAGAAGAUGGUUUAUGGGCUCCGUGGUGGUACAAGACUGUACAUAAGACAACUGAGUUCAACGCGCGCUCACCAUUCAAUACGAAGCCUUUUCCUAAGAAGCUUUACCAUUUACUGGAGCAUUGCCAACCUUUCUAUAACCUUCUCAACCGUCAUGCUCUACGACCGGCUUCUACUGAAACUAUUCCUCCUCCUUUACCAGUUUCAGCAAACGAGAAAUUGCUUAUCUGGGUCAAUGAUCAACUUCUUGUUCGUGAAGACGCCAAGGUUUCAGUUUUUGACUCAAUAGUGCAAGGAGGAGACGGUGUUUGGGAAGGACUUCGGAUCUACAGGGGGAAAAUAUUCAAAUUAGAAGAGCAUCUGGACAGAAUGUUUGACUCAGCAAAAGCGAUGGCGUUCAAGAACGUGCCUAGUCGAACCGAGGUGAAAAAUGCAAUUUUUUCUACGCUCAUUGCAAAUGACAUGAGAGAUUGUGCACAUGUUCGACUUACCCUUACACGUGGGAAGAAGUUUUCUUCAGGGAUGAGCCCAGCGUUCAACGUAUAUGGUUGUAAUCUUUUGGUUGUGGCGGAGUGGAAACCUCCGGUUUAUGACAAUACGUCGGGUAUCCGCCUAAUCACGGCAUCUACGAGACGGAACUCUCCCAAUAGUCUGGACUCCAAGAUUCACCACAAUAAUCUAAUCAACAACAUCUUAGCGAAGGUGGAGGGUAAUUUAGCUGGCGCGGAUGAUGCAAUUAUGCUCGACUGCGAGGGUUUUGUUUCGGAAACCAAUGCAACCAAUAUUUUUAUGGUCAAGAAAGGGUGCAUUUCAACUCCGCUAGCAGAUUACUGCCUGCCUGGAAUUACUCGAGCGACGGUAAUUGGUUUGAUCAAGGAGGCCAAGAUGCCGUUUAUGGAGAGACGUAUUAGCCUAACGGAGUUUCAUGCCGCAGAUGAGGUCUGGACAACUGGAACUAUGGGCGAGCUUAGUCCUGUCGUGGAGAUAGACGGACGAGUCAUUGGUGAUGGAAAGGUGGGGCCAAUCACCAAACAGCUACAAGAACUAUAUGCGGCCGCAGCAGACUCAGAAGGAGAAUUAAUCCCUUUCGAUGGCACUUCCGAUAGUGACAGUUAGAGGGAUGUUCCAACAUUGUUACACAAGACAAAUAUUUUUAGUCAAAAACUUGCUAGCACAUGCGAGAUGACUUGAAGACCUCUCCAUGAUAGGAACGACUAUCGCCCCUGCCUUCAUCUGGACAGUGAAGAUAAUCAUUGAAAGGGAAUUGUUUGAUCCACUUUCAAACCAGGUUCUCACUUAGAUCGGAGAAGCCUUGACUGGGUACCUCGCGAGGGAACAUUCUGGGCCUUCCGCUUCUCGGCCAAGGAUCAAGUUGGUAAUCAGCUAAGCUGUCAGCUGUUAUCGGGUCGAUGACUGAAUGACUGCAGUUGAAAUCUAGAUAAAUCAGCCAUAAAAGUUGAAAUCUAGUGUCCAUGCGGUUGUGCCAUUUGACGCAGUACGAGGGUGCAUAAAGCUAGCGUUAUCUCAUACCCUUGUUCGUCCAUGUAAGGUAUCAGAUAUUUUUCAGAAAAAAUAAAGUGUGU